AGCCCUCCGAUAUUAUUCCCUCCGGGAUUUCGUACUGUUUUUUCUGUCAAUCCCAUAUCAGUGAAACUUGCGAUAAUGUAUCUCAGCGAGUUCUCUUCAAGUCAGAAGGAUCAAAUCCGUCGCGAAAUUGCUCAUGUUCUGCGCACACUUUCACCUUGCCAGCGAGAAAAAAAACCAUCCUUCAUCGAUAAUGCGGACUUUGUUUAUAGUGAAGCCACCGACAGACUUGACCUAAAGCAAAUUGAGAAAACUUGCCACCUCCUACACGAUGCAUCAAUUGAUUCAGUUGACACGCUCAAAAAGCUAGACGAUAUUACUGCGAGUUUUUUCGAUCACUGGUUUGUCCCCUGGGGAGAGUGGAUUCCGUCGGAAGAAGUCCUCGUCAGCAAUGCUUACAAUUUGAUAUUGCGUUUGCCGUCACAUCCAUUGCGUGUUGUUUGCAAGCAGACGGAUGGGUUUAAUCAAGUGCAAACUAGCGAUGCGUCAGCUUUUUUUCGCAGACAGCUCACUCAAACUGAAUGCUACAUUAAUCGAAAUGUUAUUCGAAUGGCUUUGCGAGUAUGCAUCAUUCUCGAAAGGCCACGGCAACAUAGCAGAAUCGCGGUGCCUUACUGGGCGAUGGCGCAGGUGACCGAAGACAUCGCCCUGCUUUUCGAUGCAACUAGACAAUUAUGCGAUAAUGAUUCCAACUUGUCUAGCAAAGACUGGAUUGGCUGGUGUGUCGUCAAGUCUUUUCUGUGGACUAGUCUGCAAAGAAUGUUCAUGCUCUGGACAUGGUCAAUUACUUCGUUCAAUAUAAAAGAUGGGUACACCUCUGAAAUCAUCAUGAAGCAUCGAAUACAACAAGACCGCAUUCGACCUACCAUACUGUCUGAACUAGCAAGGCAAGAAGAAGAUGUAAUUCUACAGAUGAGACCUGAUCCCAUGUGUCCUUGGGCCUUUCAGCUGCUUAGGAACGACGGAUUCUCUCUAUGCAUUGAUCUUCGGCGGCCCCUAGAGCACUACCGUUUACUGUUGGGAAACAAUGCCCCUCGAUGUGGGGUUAGUUCACAAUCCCAGCAAGUCUGUGACGGAAAGAGCUUCGAGAGCUGUGGAAGGUUCGUGGGUACAAAAGUCAUUAAACAAUCCGCCCACGAGUGCAUUUCCAAGGACUGCAAGAAGUUGACUUGGGAUGAAGGAUCUUACUGUGCUUUCGAGACUCCAGUUGUCAGCAUUAGAGAGACUACUAUCACCCAACUAAAGUAUACCAACUUAAGCGACAAAACACUCUCAAUUUCGCAUGUUUGGAGCCAUGGUCAGGGAGGAAGACCCGAAGAUGGGUUCAACACUUGCUUGCAUGAUCGAUAUGUGAAAGUUGCCGAAACACUUGGCUGCGACUCCUACUGGAUGGAUACGCCAUGCAUACCGACGGAGACAGUUCUUCGGAAGAAAGCAAUUGCAAACAUCAAUUAUAUCUUUAUGGAAAGCAAAGCCACCUUGAUAUGUGAUCGGGAUCUCAUGGGAAUCGACAUAUCUAUCCUGAGAAAAGCGCUCAAUUCAGACGCAGCUGUUAGACUGGUUGAAGGUGUUCUAAUUGCUCUGCUUGUGUGCGAUUGGAAUGUUCGUGGCUGGACAUUCUUGGAAGCAAUACGAGGCAAAGACGCACUGUAUUUGCUGUUCAAAGACAGCGAAGUGUUUUCUCUGAAGGAUCUGUUGGUGUGUCUCGUUGACAGCGGGAACUUUGAACUUGCCAACCUCUAUCUUUCGGCAGGGCAUUUGCUCCCGCUUCCCAAAGACCUUGUGCAUUACAGAAAUGCAAUGAUGUAUCUUCACGGCGUUGAGGAAGCCGGUUCAGUCUUGAGCCGCCGCCCUGCGUCACGACCCUCAGACAAUUUGGCUAUUUGGUCUUUGUUGUUUUCCGAUGGAGGCCAGGCUUCCAACCCGCAACCUUCUAGUCUCAGCAAAAGCAACCCCAAUUCUACUCGCGGAAUUAAAGACUCUGCUUAUAAAUCAGCAGAGCAGUUAUGGAGAAGCCAGGGCAAUGUUUCUACAUGUUACCUUGUUUCGAGCGCUCCGAGAAUCCAGGGGGUGAGAAGAAUGAGCUGGGCUCCAUGCUCACCUGUUCCUGAUAAAGUCGAGUCGAGGAACGGAUCUAGAAGAUACUAUCCUUAUGUUAGUAUUGGGGAUGAGGCUGAGAAAUCUUGGAUACGGCACAGUGGUCUUGUAGCAGAAUGGUCGUCGUGCUUCUUUGUGGGGCAAGGUGGCGGAGAUGCUCAACAUGAUGAAUCUACAGUGGUAUCUCGACCAGAAUUGGCUCGCGGCGAUCUCAAGGACGCUGAAGAUGACGAAAGCUGGUACCAUCCAUUAGAUUCCCUCGAUAUCCUCAACCGCCCUUUCAAUACUGCCAAAGUGGACCUGAGGAUGAAGGGCGUUCAUCAAUUGAAUCUCCUGACAAGAAUGGGUUUGAAACUCGGGAAUACAGGAUUCUUCCGGACUUCAGAUGAUGCCACGAUGAUUGAACUGCAGCAUAUAUCUUCUACUUUCUUAUCUGGCUUCCAGUGGGGAGUGCUUCUUCGACCUCUAACAACACCUGAACGUCAGAAUCUUCAAGUGAAGCCGCUUCCGUUAGUUUAUGAAGACAACCCGGCGGCUCCACUGGUAGCAGUCUGUGGAUCGAAUGAUGGCCGAGAAUGGGUGUGGCGGGGAGUUCAUCUUUGGGAUUCGUCUGUCGCACUUCCGUCUUUUGAGGUGCGGAAACUGUUAAUUAUAUGAUGGUGCGGUUUGAUCCCUCAAUUGGAAGGAGAUGUAGAGGCUCAUUACUUGGAUAUUCGGAAGCUUCAAAAUUUUAACCCUAUCCGCACCUAGAUCCCCUCAUCCUCACAACCCCCUUUUUCCCCAGCGCGGACGCACCCUCCUUCCCCCCCCCCCCCCCAUCCUCCCACACAACCUACACGCACCCUCGAUCUUCUGUCCCUCCCGGGAUCCCGCAUCAUCGGCGUACCACCAUCCUCCCCUACACCACCUCCAGCAACACAAACACAAGCACAGCGUCCGGCGCUUCUCCCCCCGCUGCCGUGCGCGCGUACAGCAGCUUGAUGUCUCGGCAGUUUAGCUGUUGUGCGAGGAUGGGCCGGGGGAAGGCGGCUAUGAAAGUGCUUGUGGUGAGGUGGUGAGGUAAGGGGGGAAGGGGUUGUGAGAGGUGUAUCCAGAUCACUGGGACUCUUUGGUGGUUGUUAUAUUUCGCCGACGGCGAGAGGGA